AUGUAUGAAGGCAAACACAUACACUUCUCUGAGGUUGACAAUAAGCCCUUGUGCUCAUAUAGCCCCAAACUGUGCAAGCAGAGGCGACUUAACGGCUACGCCUUCUGUAUCAGACACGUUCUGGAGGACAAGACUGCCCCCUUCAAGCAAUGUGAAUAUGUGGCCAAGUAUAACAGCCAACGCUGCACCAACCCCAUCCCCAAAUCUGAGGACCGUAGGUACUGCAACAGCCACCUGCAGGUACUUGGCUUUAUACCGAAAAAGGAGAGGAAGAAAAAGAAUGAUCCCAUAGAGGAUGUAAAGGUCAGGCAUCAGAUGGAUGCUGUGGCCUUCAGUCUGACAGUGCCCACCCUGGCCUUGAAGAUGCCCAAUGGACUGGAUGGGAUGUCCCUCUCCCCUCCAGGGGCUAGGCUUCCUCUCCACUACCUGGAGGCAGAAUUAGAAGACCCCUUUGCUUUCAAUGAGGAGGAUGAUGAUCUAAAGAAAGGGGCAACAGUGAGGAAAAAGUUGCAGAGCAAGUUGGCUCAAAACCGGCAGCGCCAGAGAGAGACAGAGAUUUUAAAAGUUCGCCAAGAGCACUUUAGCCCUCUUCCUGCACCUUUGCAGCAGCAGCAGCCUCUGCAGCAGCAGCACUCCCAUCUGCCGCCUUCAUCAGCUUCGUUAAAGCCGACAGGGCUACCGCAAGGCGUAGUCUGCAAGUCACCUCAACCUCCGAACACCAGCCUACCAAUGCAGGGAGUGGCACCCACCACACACACUAUAGCACAAGCCCGGCAGUUGUCUAACAAGAGACCUCUGCCUCUCCUGCCACCCGCUAGGGCACCUGUCACGGACCCUCCAAGGACUGAUCGGGUCCUCAUGAAAGCCACAGCCUUCUCUCCGCACUCAUCUUGCAUGAGCCGGCUACAGAGACUGGUGAAACUGUGCACUCGAAAACAGCAGCUGGACACUGAUCUGUUUCCACAUUUAGGGCUGGAUUGGUCUGAAGACAGUGGAGAAGAGUUGGAAGAUUCAGAGCAAACCUCCCCCUACCAGGUUGCAUGGUCUAUCCGAGAAACCCUUGGCUAUGAGAGACAUGAGUCGGAUGAGGACAAUGAAGAUGACAGGAGUUCCAGGGUGACCAGACUUUGCACUUACUUCCGGCAGAAAUACAAGCACCUCUGCCGCCUGGAGCGGGCAGAAUCUCGUCAGAAGAAAUGCCGGCACACACUCCGGAAAGCCUUGCUGCAGGCGGCCAGUAGAGAGCCGGAGCGUGCUGGGCAACUGAUACAAGAGCUUCGAAGAGCUACUUGUGCUCGUACCAGCUCAAGCCAAGUGAGGCAGAGAAAUGCAGAGCCAACAACCUGUAGUGGGACUUCGAAGGGAGAACAGUGUGCUAACAAGGCCCUUCCAUUCACCAGGCAUUGUUUUCAGCAUAUCUUACUGAACCGUUCUCAGCAGCUUUUCUCAAGUUGCACAGCCAAGUUUGCAGAUGGUCAGCAGUGCUCUGUGCCAGUUUUUGACAUUACACAUCAGACACCUCUGUGCGAAGAACAUGCCAAAAAAAUGGACAAUUUCUUGAGAGGGGACAGCUCCCGUAAAGUUCAGCACCAGCAGCAGAGGAAACCCAGGAAAAAAACGAAGCCACCUGCACUUACCAAAAAACACAAGAAAAAGAGAAGGCGAGGCCCACGCCGGCCCCAGAAACCCAUUCCUCCUGCAGUGCCCCAAGGGAACCUCACCAUGCCUGCUAGUGUUUCACUGCCAGUAGAAAUGCCUCACAUACGGAGCCCCUCCACACCAGAGCUGAGUGCUGAUGAGCUGCCUGAUGAUAUCGCCAAUGAAAUCACAGACAUUCCACAUGACUUGGAAUUGAAUCAGGAGGACUUCUCUGAUGUCCUGCCACGGCUGCCUGAUGACUUGCAAGAUUUUGAUUUCUUUGAAGGUAAAAAUGGAGAUCUCCUUCCGACUACAGAAGAGGCUGAAGAAUUGGAACGGGCCCUGCAGGCUGUAACUUCUCUUGAGUGCCUGAGUACUAUUGGAGUACUUACACAGACAGAUGGUGUGCCAGUUCAGGAGCUGUCAGAUAGAGGGAUAGGGGUGUUCUCUACAGGUGCUGCAGCUCCAGGAAUGCAGUCCUUGAGUCGAGAGGUUAACACGGAUCUGGGGGAGCUGUUGAAUGGGCGUAUAGUACAUGAUAAUUUCUCCGGUCUGGAGCUGGAUGAGAACUUGCUCCGUUCUGCUACCUUGUCCAACCCACCCACGCCCCUGGCAGGGCAGAUCCAGGGGCAAUUCUCAGCCCCAGCCAACGUCAGCCUUACUUCUGCCACUCUGAUAAGCCAGAGUGGUCUUGGGGAGAGAGCCUUCCCAGGACAGUUUCAUGGACUUCAUGAUGGCAGCCAUGCCUCCCAGAGGCCCCACCCUGCCCAGCUGCUGAGCAAGGCAGAUGACCUGAUCACCUCACGACAGCAAUACAGCAGUGACCAUUCACACUCCUCACCCCAUGGAAGCCAUUAUGAUAGUGAGCAUGUGCCGUCUCCCUACAGUGACCAUAUCACAUCCCCUCACACCACAUCCUUUUCUGGUGAUAAUUUGGCAGCUACCUUCUCAGCAGAGAUGCCCAUGAUGGCACAGCACUUGCUCCCAACUCAGCUGGAUGUGCCACUUAGCGGGGUGGUCAACCCCAGAACUCACUGGGGAAAUCUUCCUGUCAAUCUUGGGGACCCCUCUCCGUUUAGCAACCUUCUUGGUGCAGAUGGACACCUCCUGUCCACUUCCCUGUCCACACCACCUACCACCUCGCACUCAGAGACCACACAGCCUGCCUUCGCCACUGUGACCCCCAACAGCUCCAGUGUGCUUCCGGGGUUACCACAGACCAGUUUUAGUGGCAUGGGUCCUGCCUCCGCUGAACUCAUGGCCUCCACCUCCCCUAAACAACAGCUCCCUCAGUUCAGCGCAGCCUUUGGGCACCAGCUGAGCUCCCACAGUGGCAUCCCCAAGGACCUGCAGCCCAGCCACAGCUCCAUAGCUCCUCCCACGGGCUUCGCAGUGACCGGUGCCACCGCUACCAGUACCAAUAAUGCAUCUGCGCCCUUCACCACCUCCAACUGA